AAAAAUAACAGUGUUCUCUUCGCCACAAUUCAACGCACAACGACUUGGCCAAACACAUUGGUGUCUCUAUAGAUGACGUUUGUUUUUCUUCGAUUCCCACUUAACCCUGAAAUUAAAAACUUAGUAAACUUAUAGAUUAUAGCCAGGACAAAACAAUCUGACGGUCAUACUAGAAAGUCAUCGCUUUGCUAUUCCAACUCUUUAGAAGUGCAAAAACUAUUUCAAUUCACUUUGCUACAAUAUACAGCCCAAAUGAAUGUGAUGGUGUAAUGUUGUGAAACGUAACCAAAAGAAGUUACAAAAUCAGUGUCAGUGCUUUUCAACUCCUUUAGGUUCAAGUCAGUUAGACGAAUAACAAUCAUCGGCCUGAAACACGAAAUAAAAAAUAAGCAUUCUGUAAUGUUAUUGAUCUAUAUUUGAGUUUUGUUUAUAUUUUGUAAACAAAUUCGUUGGAAGCAUAGUCCAUACAUAAGUGUCUUUGUGGACUUUACUGGAUGUGGGUAGCUUAUGCAUACUAUUGAUGCACGGUGUGGCGUUUGCUGUGACCCCAAUUUUUAUUUUCGUACUAUUUUCUUGCUGCUGUGUUCUACACACUGAAUGUUCCUUAGAGUGAUUCUUAAAGCGUUGCCGUGCUGCAAAAAGAAAGACAUGAGUGCAUCCAAUAAAUUUUUAUCCUCUGAUAAUAGUUUGCGUCAUGAUAAAAUCGCCAUUUUAGAUGCUGGUGCUCAAUAUGGAAAGGUGAUUGAUCGCAAGGUACGCGAAUUGUUGGUUGAAUCAGAUAUCUUGCCAUUGGAGACCUCGGCGGUUACCAUUAAAACGCAUGGUUAUCGCGGCAUAAUUAUAUCCGGAGGUCCCAACUCCGUAUAUGCCGAAGAUGCACCCUGCUAUGAUCCAGAUAUUUUUAAGUUAAAAAUACCCGUCUUGGGUAUUUGUUAUGGCAUGCAAUUGAUUAAUAAGGAAUUUGGUGGAACUGUACUCAAGAAGAAUAUACGCGAGGAUGGUCAGCAGACGAUAGAGAUUGAAACAUCAUGUCCUUUGUUUAAUCAUUUGGAGCGCACGCAAACAGUUCUCCUUACACAUGGUGACAGUGUUGAACGCGUAGGAGAUAAACUUAAGGUUGGUGGUCGUUCAUCGAGUAAUAUUGUCACUGCCGUCUACAAUGAAGCUCUAAGAAUAUAUGGUGUACAAUUUCAUCCCGAGGUAGAUUUAACAAUUUCCGGCAAACAGAUAUUCACAAACUUUCUCUUCGACAUCUGUGGCUUAACACCAAAUUUUACAAUGGGCAGUCGCAAGGAGGAAUGUAUAAAAUACAUCAAAGAGAAAGUUGGCAACAACAAAGUUUUGUUGCUUGUUAGUGGUGGCGUAGAUUCUACCGUUUGUGCGGCCUUAUUGCGACAUGCCUUGCAUCCCAUUCAAAUAAUUGCCGUACAUGUCGAUAAUGGUUUUAUGCGUAAAGAUGAAAGCGAAAAAGUAGAGAAGUCUUUGCGCGAUAUAGGCAUUGACUUAAUAGUACGCAAAGAGGCCUACACUUUUCUCAAAGGCACCACACAAAUCAAACGUCCUGGGCAAUUUUCUAUUGUGGAAACGCCUAUGUUGUGUCAAACCAUUAAUCCCGAGGAGAAGCGUAAAAUUAUUGGUGACAUUUUUGUGAAAAUAACAAAUGACAUUGUAGCAGAAAUGAAAUUGAAACCGGAAGAAGUGAUGCUUGCCCAGGGUACUUUAAGGCCUGAUUUAAUUGAGUCUGCAUCGAAUAUGGUUAGCAAAAAUGCCGAAACAAUUAAAACGCACCACAAUGACACGGACCUAAUAAGAGAACUUCGCAAUGCCGGUCGGGUUGUGGAGCCACUGAGUGAUUUUCACAAAGAUGAAGUGAGAGAAUUAGGCAAUGACUUGGGUUUGCCCUCUGAACUGGUUGAGAGACAACCAUUCCCCGGUCCAGGAUUGGCCAUACGUAUAUUGUGUGCCGAAGAAGCUUUCAUUGAAAAAGAUUAUUCGGAAACGCAAGUAAUUGCCCGCGUUAUUGUGGAUUAUAAAAAAAAAUUGGAGAAAAAUCAUGCUUUAAUAAAUCGUGUCACAGGCGCCACUUCCGAAAUGGAGCAAAGAGAACUUAUACGCAUUUCUUCAGAUUCUCAAGUUCAAGCCACUGUUCUGCCUAUACGUUCCGUAGGAGUGCAGGGAGAUAAACGUACCUACAGCUAUGUUGUAGCCCUCUCCAGCUCAAGUUAUCCCAAUUGGGAUGAUUUAUUAUUUUUAGCUAAACUAAUACCUCGUAUUCUGCAUAAUGUCAACCGAGUAUGUUAUAUUUUUGGCGAACCUGUCCAAUACCAAAUUACCGAUAUAACCCAUACUACGCUAAAUAAUUAUGUAAUCAAACAACUGAGGCAGGCCGAUGCUAUAGCAAAUGAAAUAAUAAUGCAAGCUGGUCUUUAUCGUAAAAUAUCUCAAAUGCCUGUUGUUCUUAUACCCGUACAUUUCGACCGAGAUCCCAUUAACAGAACACCAUCAUGUAGUCGAUCAGUUGUUUUGCGACCAUUCAUAACCAGCGACUUUAUGACUGGGGUGCCGGCUAUUCCAGGUUCAGAACAACUGCCAUUACAAGUUUUGCACAGUAUGGUCCAAGAAAUUUCUAAAAUCGAUGGAAUCUCCCGGGUCCUAUAUGAUUUGACAUCAAAACCUCCAGGGACUACAGAAUGGGAAUGAUUAAAUAAAUGAAGCUUGUAUUACAAUCUUGUUGCCGCCAACACCACCAACGUCAACGCAACUACAGCAACAUUAUCAAUCAUAUAAUCGCAAGAAAAUCUCUAGCAUUUUAAAGCGGUUCAUUCUAUUGUCUCUCCUUGAAGGAAGUUGUGAAUGUUAUUGAAUUGAACACAUGUGAAAGAAUUAGUAGCGUUUAUAUGUAUUCAUUUGCAUAUUAUUCUAACAUUUCUAACUAAUUAGUUAUAAACUUUGUAAAGAAAUAUAGAGAUGGGAAUGUCAUGUAAGAGUCUGUGCACUUCCGUUUUCAUUAAAAUCCAAGAAAUCUAUUAGUAAUGAAAAAUCUUUAUUUCAAACCCCUAAAUGUCGCAUUUACUUCAAAGAAACAACAAAGAAUGAUGUUUAACCAUUGUGUAAUUCAGGUGACAAUAUUAUACAAAAGAAAGAGUAAGAAAAUUCAAGCCAUGGUCUGAUUUAUUCGGUAGCCAUUUUAGAGUAACAUACAUGAUGUAUAGAAAUCUUGCAAAGAAGUAACACACAUUGGUCUCCUAAAUCUUUUUCAGAGAAGUUUUCGUAUUUGUUUAAGUUUUCAAAUAGUUUCAUGAUGUUGAUCAUUAUCCCAUGCGGCAUUCAAUGUUUUUUUUUUAUUAAUUCUUAAACAACAAGCGUAGUUACCUUUUUAUAAUUAUUUUCCUUUUUGUAUUAAGCUCUACACUUUUUGUAACUUAAAACCUAUAAUCUAAAAAAAAGAUAAAAUAAAAGUCUGUUACAAUUUAAACGACUAUGGCCGAAAUUGAAAUAUUGAGAAUGUAUCAAAAUUUAAGAGCAAAACAGAAUGAAAAAUAUUACACUCACAAAACAAAAAGUAACUAAACUAACUCUAUUAUUAUUCAUAUAAAUGUGAAACACAAACCCCUAAAAGCAAAAUUGUUAUACAAGCAUAAUAACGUCUAUAAACGAAGGAGGAUACAUUAACAUAAAUAUAGUAAUAAAUAAUAAUAAUAAUAAUAUUUAUGUAUAUUACUAUUAUAUAUACCGAUAUUAUUAAUGGAUACAUGAAAAAAAAAACAACAAAAGUAUAUAUAUAUAUAUUAAAAAUAUAUUAAAAAGUUUUCCGAAAAAAUUAUUAAUAUCGAAAUGAAACAUAACAAAUAUGACAAUUAAAAUGAUGCAGAAUGGCGUCUGUCUUUAUUCGAUGGUGAAAACUAUACACGGAGUAAACUGAUAUAUGUGCUGCAUUUUAAACAAAUGAAACAAAAUUAAAUUAAAUAAAAAAAAUCGAAGCCUCAUAAUAAGUAUAUUUUUAAAAAAUACAUAACUAAGAGAAAAGCAUAAUAAAAUCAAUAAAAUUCUUGGAAUUUAAA